GUUAGGCAGUGGAGGUUGGAGAGUAGUAUUUAUAACCCCAUAUUCAUGCACACAAUUUCAGGGAAAAUGCAUUAAAACCUUAAGCUAAAUACUAGGAUCAACUAUCUUAGUUUUCUCCCACAUAUGGCUUCCAAUAGUAAUGUUGUUUUUGGUGAUGAGGAAAGCCAGCUUUCUGGUGGGACUAAUAGAGUUCAACCUUGCUCUUCUACACCAAGAAAGAAUACUAUUGAUGAUGACGGAAAGAAGCCAAAUUUUCUUUCACUCUCUCAAAGGCUGGGCAUCCAGGACUUCUUUUGUUUGGAUGUAUGGCGAGCGUCGAUGGGAGAACUCCUAGGCUCAGCAGUUCUUGUUUUCAUGUUGGAUACUAUAGUAAUUUCCACUUUUGAAAGUGAAACAAAAAUGCCAAAUUUGAUCAUGUCAAUUCUCAUAGCAGUUGUGAUCACAAUUCUACUCCUGGCUGUUGUUCCGGUGUCCGGAGGCCAUAUCAAUCCGGUUAUCUCUUUCUCGGCUGCGCUCGUUGGAAUUAUAUCCAUGUCAAGAGCCAUAAUUUACAUUGUGGCUCAAUGUCUUGGUGCAAUUUUAGGUGCACUAGCUCUCAGAGCAGUGGUUAGUUCAUCAAUUGAAGACACUUUCUCACUUGGUGGUUGUACUGUCACAAUAAUUGCACCGGGCCCAAAUGGGCCCGUUACUAAGGGCCUAGAAACGGCCCAAGCCUUAUGGCUAGAGAUAUUUUGUACAUUUGUUUUUCUCUUUGCUUCAAUUUGGAUGGCUUAUGAUCAUCGACAAGCUAAAGCUCUUGGACACGUCACUGUGUUGUCCAUUGUUGGUGUAGUGUUAGGCCUUCUAGUGUUUAUCUCGACCACAGUGACCGCGAAAAAGGGCUAUGGCGGGGCUGGGAUUAACCCGGCAAGAUGUUUGGGGCCAGCUAUUAUUAGAGGAGGUCACCUUUGGGAUGGACAUUGGAUCUUUUGGGUUGGACCAACUAUUGGUUGUGUAGCCUUCUAUGUGUACACAAAAAUCAUUCCAUCAAAGCAUUUUCUUGCAGAAUAUGGAUUCAAGCAUGAUUUUGUUGGAGUUGUUAAGGCUUUGUCAAAUGUAUAAAGGCCCAGACGCAACAAUGGGCCUAUGGGUUUCCUUUAUGGGCCAAUAAUAAACUAAUGUGUAAAAGGAGGACUUGAAUAAUAAGUAAAUAGAACAUCAUAUCAUAUUGUCCCUACCUAGUACCCACUUGAUGUAAUUUAAGCUUAAGCUUAUCAAUGUUUCAACAAGUUUCUCUCUCUUUCAAAA